AUGGGGAGGCCAAAAAUUUUUUUGGGUGUCACACCAUUGCUGCCUCUCCGGCGGCCGCGCCUCCGGGCGCUCGCCGGGCGGCUCGAGGAAAUCUUGUUUAGAAAAUACCCAACCAAGAUGGAGUACUAUAACAUGACAAGGCGACCAAUGCCACCAGCAAUGAUGUUUGCUAUCAAGACGUACAUGGCUCAGAACCGACAAUACCGACAAAAUCAACAAUCGUUAAGACAUAUAGCAUCUUCCCCUGGCUAUGGGGCGAUGAAUCUGACAUCCAAUAUCAUGCAAGGUGCGAGUGAAAAUUCUAGAAUGUCUUAUGUGACGGGCAAUGUUGGCCCUUUGCCAUCUAGUGCAGACAUGGUUCUGCAGAACGCCAACAUGGAUACCUCACUGCCAGAAGGAGCUUCUGAUGGGCAUGUGAACACAAUGCUUUCACUAGGGAUAAACCCUACACCACAUGAUCUUUCUGGAGCGUCCAACAACAACCUGUUAACGCACAAUCUGGAUACACGUGAAGCCAACAGAUUGGCGCAGGGACGCCCGGCGCCUGUGAAGGAUCUCCCAAGGGAACCAAAAUUCACCUGCCCAGUCUGCAUCAACGAGCUAGUCGAUGCAUCAUCUACUAUCUGCGGCCACAUCUUCUGCAAGAAAUGCAUAGAGGCCUCCAUCCGAUUUCAGAAGAAGUGCCCUACGUGUCGUAGGAGGCUGACCAUGAGAAAUUUCCACCGCAUCUACCUCCCGGCGAUGGAUUGA